AGCUGUAGGGCCCUGCGUGGGUGCUGUCCCUUCCCCAAAGCCUGGCUUGAGUGUCUCUGUCGUGUAGAGACCUGUAGGGCUGCACCAGGGCACCAAAUGUGGGUGCCGCAGACCACCGGCCAUGGGCCUGACGUGGAGAUGUUUGCAGGGAUAAGCAGGUGAGAGGUGCACCCCACCACCACCCCUGCCCCCGCCGAUUCUGGUGUCCCCGGCCUCCCUGCCACUGGGGAUUAGGGCCAGCAGCAGCUGUUUGCAUUCUAGCUGCAGUUCCUUGAUGGUGCUUCAUAGGUCACUGUUGCCUUCUCCUGCUGCAGACACCAGGAUUAACAAGACGGGGGGGGGGGGGGGAGCUGGUGGGGAAGGAGGGCUGACAAAGGGGAGGAGGGGACAGCUGCUGCCCUCAGUCCUGCUCUACUUCCCUGUGCACCUUCAGACCCCCCUGGUCCCAUCCUGUUGCCCCUGGGCACCCCCGAGGACUCCUGCUGCUGCCUUAUGGCUCUGAGCACCCCUGGACCCCCCCAGUGCUUCUCUAGUGCCCUGGCACCCCCAGUCCUGCUGAGUCCUGCUGUCCCAUUUGCUUUCUCCCUCUCUCCUGGUGUGACUCUGUCGUCAGUGCCCACUGCAGGUGUUUGUGUGACGGGGGGGCACAAUGAGCAGCAGUGAUGACUGCACUAGAACAGACCGACCCACGUGCCCGUUGGCUGGGCCUGUGCCCGUGGGCUGGGAGUGCAAGGUGGAGGAGGGCUCUGUGUGCUACAUAAGCCCCAGGGGCACCACACUGACCUCACUGGAGCAGACUUGCGCCUAUCUCCUGGCUGACGGGACCUGCAAGUGUGGACUUGAGCGUCCACUCAACACGCACAAAGUGUUUAACUUCGACCCAGGGGCAGCGGUGGCUGGGUGGAGGGCGCCUGGGGCCCAGGGCCAGCAGGACAUGACCAAACUCUGCAAUCACUGCCGGAAAACAGCAGCCAUGGCCACACUGUACCACAGCAUGGAGGGCGCCCUGGGCCUCUGCCGCCCAGGCACAGGUACCGGGGUCCCCUGUCCAUGCUAGUCCCUGGCCUGUCCUCCCCCAACUUCCCACUGGUGUACCCACCUUGUCCAUGUCACCCCAUACAUCUCCUGGUCAUGCCUGUCCAGUCCCAGAGCCUUCCUGUUUCCCUUGUAUGUCGUAGGUUCUUGGCAUGCUUCCCAGUCCUCUCAGUGCCCUCCUAGUUUUUUCCAUGUUUCCUAGGCCUCCCCUGUCUUCUCUGUCACAUCCUGCCCCCCUGAUCUUUCCUGUCCCCUGCCUAC